AUUAAAAAAAUCCAGAUUUCCAGUGCCUUCCUUUCACUCCAACAAUUCAAGCUUCGCCUUACAAAACCUACUGCCUCGGUGCGGUUGCAGUGUUUCGUCUCCAGCAAAACCCUAGGAGCAACCAUGGAGGAGCCUCAGAAUGGAGGAGAAACCCUAGCAACAGACGUAGCCGAACCCCUGAACAGCGUGGCGGAGACCGAGGAGGAGCCCAUGGUGGGUCCCGGCCCACCCCCACCCCCUCGCUCUCGCCCCAAGCGGCCCCUCCAGUUCGAGCACGCCUACCUCGAUGCUCUUCCCUCCGCUCUAAUGUACGAGAAAAGUUAUAUGCACCGUGACGUUGUUACGCAUGUUGCUGUGUCAUCGGCGGAUUUUGUCGUAACUGGAAGCAUUGAUGGACAUUUGAAGUUUUGGAAGAAAAAGGCUGUUGGCAUUGAGUUUGCAAAGCAUUUUAGGUCCCACCUUGGUCCAAUUGAAGGCCUAGCUGUUAGUGUUGAUGGUUUGCUUUGCUGUACAAUUUCAAAUGACAAGUCUGUGAAGAUAUAUGACGUAGUCAACUACGAUAUGAUGGUCAUGAUUCGCACAGAGUUUGUUCCUGGUGCUGUUGAGUGGGUCUACAAACAAGGGGAUGUCACCAGGCUUGCCAUCAGUGACAGGAACUCAUCAUAUGUACACAUUUUCGAUGCACGGUCUGGUACAAAUGAACCUAUUAUCUCCAGAGAGGUACACUUGGGCCCAGUGAAAGUUAUGAGGUAUAAUCCUGUAUUUGAUACAGUGAUUUCAGCUGAUCAACAGGGAAUGAUUGAGUAUUGGAGUCCUGACACCCUUAAGUUUCCAGAGACUGGGGUGAAGUUCAGAAUGAAAAGUGAUACUAAUCUGUUUGAAAUCCCGAAAUGCAAAACUACCGUUUCUUCUAUCGAGGUUAGCCCGGAUGGUAAGCAAUUUUCAAUUACAUCACCUGAUCGCAGGAUACGUGUAUUUUGGUUUAGCACAGGAAAACUACGACGAGUUUAUGAUGAAACUCUCGAGGUGGCCCAAGAUCUCCAGAGAAGUGAUGUGCCUUUGUACCAGCUGGAAGCUAUCGACUUUGGGCGAAGAAUGGCUGUUGAGAGGGAAAUUGAGAAAACAGAAUUUGCCCCACAGCCGAAUGCAGUUUUUGAUGAAAGCUCAAAUUUUCUCAUAUAUGCAACUCUCCUUGGAAUAAAAGUGGUAAAUUUACACACCAAUAAAGUUUCCCGAAUUCUCGGAAAAGUGGAGAAUAAUGAUAGGUUUUUGAGAAUUGCCUUAUACCAAGGUGACAGAAGCAGUAAAAAAGUUAGAAAAAUUCCUGCUGCUGCAGCAAAUGUUAAUGAAAGCAAAGAGCCUUUGACAGAUCCUACUCUCAUAUGUUGUGCUUUCAAAAAACACAGAAUCUAUCUAUUCAGUCAGCGAGAACCAGAAGAGCCUGAAGAUGCAACUAAGGGAAGAGAUAUAUUCAACGAAAAGCCUCCUGCUGAUGAACUCUUGGCUGCAUCAGAGAUUGGUAAAUCAGCUACAACGUCUCUACCUGACAAUGUGAUUUUGCGUACUACAAUGGGUGACAUACACAUGAAAUUGUAUCCAGAGGAAUGCCCAAAAACUGUGGAGAACUUCACAACACACUGCCGAAAUGGCUAUUAUGAUAACCUCAUAUUUCAUAGAGUCAUCAAAGGCUUCAUGAUACAAACAGGAGAUCCUUUAGGAGAUGGUACUGGUGGGCAAUCUAUUUGGGGACGGGAGUUUGAGGAUGAAUUUCAUAAAAGUUUACGACAUGACAGGCCUUUCACUGUAUCAAUGGCAAAUGCGGGCGAAAACACAAAUGGAUCUCAGUUCUUUAUCACCACAGUUGCUACUCCUUGGCUUGAUAACAAGCAAGUUUUUGGCAGAGUUAUCAAGGGGAUGGAUGUCGUGCAGACUAUAGAAAAAGUGAAGACAGACAGGGGAGAAAGGCCCCAAGUAGACGUGAAAAUUCUGAAUGUUACUGUCCCCAAGCCUUAAGAUUCUCCCUUUCGACGAUGCUUUCCAAAUAUGGUUGGUGAUCGUUUUGGUGGAACCUUGACUGCAAAAGAUUGCAUUCAGGUAAUUUGUUUAUGCCGUUUAAUGUAGGGUAGAUUCACUUGUUUUACUUCCGCGCUUCAUGCUUGAUCCAGAUUACUUAGCAAGAUGUUACUUGUUCAGGGUAAAAAAAGAAACGAUGUUGCCAAGGUAAUUUGUUUAUGCCGUUUAACCGUUAUUUAUGUAAUGAUUUUAACCAGUGGAGUUCCAUGGCCGUAUGUUGUUAAUUUCCUUCAACUCAAAUACCUUUGACAAACAAACUUCGUUCACUAAUGUUUUUAAAGUUUAAGCUGUAACUGAGGCAAAGUAUAAUUCAAACCUUUAGUUAGGGUUUCCGAUAUAUAGUAAUGACAGAUACAUUCUUUCA